AUGAGUGACAAUUUGGGCAUUACCAAGGACAACAUGUACCUUUCUGUGUCUGACAGUUGUUUAAACCUCAGCAAUAAAUACAAGAGAGGCAAGUUGACUGCCUACCAACUCAUCUGCCAGGCACUGCUGAGGCGGCACGAGGUGAUGCCAUCCCAACAACUACUGUCUCAGUUUUAUCUUGUUUUACAUACAGGGCUGGUCUCUGCUGAUCAGGACAUAGUCAAUGUGUUGAUCAGAGAUUGUGGGCCCAAGUUGUUUACCUUGUCUUUACCUGGCUGUUUACUGCUGGCCCUGGACUUUAUCAAGGCUGCUGGCAGCAUUAUCUCUGCCGUGGAUUAUAAAGAGCCACCGCGGGCGGAGGCUGUGACAGUGCUAGGAUCUCUGUUGUGUUAUCCCUACUACAUGCCAGAGUUCCCAGCUCUGGAGCCAGAGACCAUGAAUGUCGUCAACAUUCCAUCUGUACAACUGAAAGAUUUGAUUUUAGACCUUUUACUGAAGGCUGGAAAGAGGGAGCCAGCUGGCCUGGCUAGGUGUGUGGCUGUGAGCAGUGUUGCUAUAUUUUUAUACUGUGAGCUUACUCAUAGUACACUGCAUUCUAAGAUGAAGGAAGGUAUCAAUGUCUUGUUAGGUGCUCUUAUGUGUGUAAAUAAGAAAGUAGCCAAAGUGGCAACUGACAUGCUGCUGUUGUUAUGUGAUCAUGUGGACAGACUUCAGGACUACCACCCACAAAUGCCAAAGAAAAUUACAGAAGCCAUAGCUUCAACCAUAUCAGCUCUCAUUGCUACUCAUGGUGCUGCAAAUUCUGAUGAAGAAAAACGGUUGAUUGUGUCCAUGAUGUUUGCUAUGGUUGAAUGGUGCCUGAAGAUGCCCAUACAGUUGCUGAUGGAAACCACCGACACAGACAAGAGCUGCAUCUACAAGGUGUUCAGGGUGUUGCACUCAGCAGUCACAGGCCACAGCUCGUCCUCCUUGACCAGAGUCAGCAAAUCCCUAUCUGACUUCUUGCUGGACACAGACUUCACUAAUAUCUUUGAGACCCAGUCUGGGUUUGUGGGUGCUGCCAGCUUGCCGUCAUCCUUUCAGCGACCUUUCAGUGCCGAUGCUACUCUGUCCGAACCAGUCGGUGACCCCGGGAGAAUGUCGUCACCACUGCAGCAGGAUCAUGGACGCAAGUCAGAGACUGAUAUUGUCAAGCUUGCUGCCAGAGCUUUAAUGACCCAUUUGGUGAACCAUAUGUCCCACUUUCCCAUGGGCUCUGGGGCUGCCAGGCUGCACACAACUGUCCAGGAACACCAUGACUUGCCUGAAUAUAUUGAGGACGAUCUCAGGCCAGAGAUCUUUAAUGCCCCGAAUGUGCAAUUCUUUGUUCUGAACCACC